UAAUAGAUUAAUAUAGAUUUGUUUUGUGAGCUUCCAUUUGACAAGGCUUUGUGUCCCAAUAAAGAUAUUUGUUAUCUCAGUAGAGUAACAGCAGAUUGUGCAAAAACCCCUCAGGAGUCAGCACUGGGCUCUGGGCUGACACUGCAAAACUGUCCCCUGGGUGGGUGCUGAGAAGCUCCCAUAUAAAUAGGUGGGACAUGACUAGUGACCGUCACUCACACCCUGACACAGCAAGCAGCUUGUGCAACACCAACUCUACCAAAGCAGCACCAUGGUUCAUUGGACAGCUGAAGAGAAGGCCACGAUCACCUCCGUGUGGAGCAAGGUGAAUGUUGAGCAGGAAGGUCACAACACCCUGAGCAGGCUGCUCAUUGUGUACCCCUGGACUCAGAGGUAUUUCAGCAGCUUUGGAAACCUGUCCAACCCCACAGCCAUCAAUGGAAACUCCAAGGUCCAAGCUCACGGCAAGAAGGUCCUGACAGCUGUUGGCCAAGCUAUUCAGCAUCUGGAUGAUGUGAAGCACUUCCUGGCCAAGCUCAGCAAGUCUCACGCAGAGGAACUGCAUGUGGACCCUGAGAACUUCAAGCGUCUUGGAGAGGUUCUGAUCAUUGUCUUGGCCUCCAAACUGGGAGCAGACUUCACCCCUCAGGUCCAGGCCACCUGGGAGAAAUUUGUCGCCGUCCUGGUGGCCGCACUGAGCCACAGCUAUUUCUAAACUGAUGUCCCUGUGUUUAUUUGUUCAUUUUGUCACCUAAGCAUACUAUUAUUGCAAAAAAUUGUGAAUAAAAUUAUUUUUUAAGAUAA